AUGGCUACCAAGGCUCUAGCAACAUGGGCUCUUGCCCUCCAGUUCAGCAGCCCCACCGAGCCAAUCGUCGACAUAGCCGUCAAGAGCGUCUACAACUGGGCCGGCUGUGCCAUCGGCGGCUACGGUUUAAACCCAGCAGGUAUUUCGUACGAGGCCAACGUUCCCUUCAUCGGAGCCCAAGGAAGUUCUUCCAUCUUCGGGACAGGGAAGUACGUCGAUGUGAAGACCGCAGCUCUCAUCAACGGCAUUGCCUCUCACGCUGAUUACUAUGAAGAUACCCACCGAGGUAACCCUAUUCACCUAUCUGGACCUGUGUUGUCUGCUCUGUUUGCUGUUGCGGGGUGGAUGGCACCUGUAUGA